UGUGCAAACAAAAACAAAAAUAAUUAAAUAACUUAAGUAGCAGUUAUAUUGUUGCAGUGCCGCUUGUAGCAUGCCCGCUGCAGUUAUGGCCUCCGACAUUAAUUGGGAUCCAGCGCUAUCCAGACUUAUAACGAGCUUAAAGGAAUCCGAUAAUCUUAACAAUGAUCAGGAAAUAGACUUUCUAAAGGCGCUGCUGGAGUCCAAGGAGCUCAAUGCGCUGGUCAAUGUGCACACCAAGGUGGCCAAGGUGGGGCGUGAUGAGCGUCUGGCGCCAGUGCUUUCCACCUCUGCUCAGGUGCUUUACGAAGUGCUGGAGCAGCUUUCCCAGCGCUGCCAUCUGAGCGAGGAGUGCAAAGAAGCUUUUCAUGUGCUGCAGAACUCGCAUGUGCAGCACUUGUUGUUUGCACACGAUGCCAUUGCGCAAAAGGAUUUUUAUCCGCAUCUGCCAGAGGUGCCAAUUGAAAUGGACGAGGAUGAGGAAACAAUUAAGAUAGUGCAGCUGGUCAAGAGCAAUGAGCCGCUGACAGGAGCACAAAGUGCGGAACCGAUUGUUGGCGCAACGAUUAAAACGGAUGAGGAAACGGGUAAGAUAAUCAUUGCCAGAAUCAUGCAUGGCGGCGCUGCAGAUCGCUCGGGACUCAUACAUGUGGGCGAUGAGGUCAUCGAGGUGAAUGGCAUUAAUGUGGAGGGCAAGACGCCAGGCGAUGUGCUCACCAUACUGCAAAAUUCCGAGGGCACCAUUACCUUUAAGCUUGUGCCCGCCGACAACAAGGGCGCACAGCGUGAGUCCAAGGUGCGUGUGCGCGCGCACUUUGACUACAAUCCGGACAUUGAUCCCUAUAUACCCUGCAAGGAGGCGGGCUUGGCGUUUCAGCGCGGCGAUGUGCUGCAUAUAGUGGCGCAGGAUGAUGCCUACUGGUGGCAGGCACGCAAGGAUCAUGAGCGUUCUGCGCGUGCCGGCCUCAUACCAAGUCGUGCGCUGCAGGAGCGUCGCAUCCUGCAUGAGCGUACUCAACGCGAGGGCAGCGAACUGGACUCGAAGCCGGGCUCCUGCGCCUCAUUGUGCAACACCACACCGCCUGGUUCACCCCGCCUGCAGAAUAGCCAGAGCAGCUCCUCCUGCCGCCAGCCCAAGACUAAAAAGAUCAUGUACGAUUUGACAGAGAACGAUGACUUUGAUCGCGAGCUCAUUGCCACAUACGAGGAGGUGGCCAAGCUCUAUCCACGUCCUGGCGUCUAUCGUCCUGUCGUGCUCAUUGGCGCACCCGGCGUAGGUCGCAACGAGCUGCGUCGACGCCUUAUAGCGCGUGAUCCGGAAAAGUUUCGCAGUCCAGUGCCAUACACAACGCGUCCCAUGCGCACAGGCGAGGUCGCUGGACGCGAGUACAUCUUUGUAGCGCGUGAUAAAAUGGAUGCAGACAUUGAAGCGGGCAAGUUUGUGGAGCAUGGAGAGUACAAGGGUCAUCUCUAUGGCACCUCCGCGGAGAGCGUCAAGUCGAUUGUCAAUGCGGGCUGCGUCUGUGUGCUGAGUCCGCAUUAUCAGGCGAUCAAGACGCUGCGCACGGCACAGCUGAAACCAUUCCUUAUACACAUUAAACCACCGGAGCUAGCUUUGCUCAAAUCCACGCGCACCGAAGCGCGUGCCAAGUCCACCUUCGAUGAGGCCAAUGCGCGCAGCUUUACAGACGAGGAGUUCGAGGAUAUGCUCAAGUCGGCGGAGCGCAUUGAUUUCCUUCAUGGCCACUUCUUCGAUGUGGAGAUUAUCAAUGGCGAGCUCUUGAAUGCCUUUGAGCAGUUGGUGCAACAUGUGCAGCGGCUGGAGAACGAGCCGCUCUGGGCGCCAUCCAUGUGGGUGCAGUAGAGCUCACAAGCAGCAGAAAAAUAAGAGAAAAACACCAAAGUAUUUGCCAUACGAAUUUAGCCAACUGUUUAAUUUACGUAUUUUGUUGCUAGCCAAGUGACAAAGUCCACAACACACAACAAACUAAAGCUAAAUGUACAGUUAGUUGCCAACAUUGCAAGGCAUUUAGUUAGACAGCAAGAAAAAGAAAGAGAGAGUGAGAGAGAGAGUGGGGGCACGCCAGAGUUGAAUAUAUUAUAUUUACCCUUAGACGGUCCUGCCGGACGCUACUUGUCCAGCGUUAGUCCUUUUCACGACAUGUACCUUUUUGCGUAAAAGUGAAAACAAUGAAAAGAAUACAAUAACAAAAACAAAAAAAGAA